ACAGAUAUGGCAAGAGUAUGUAGGUCAGCCCGCCUCUGGAGGGUGAAAAAUAUGCUGUGAACCUCUAAGAGGAACAUGUCUGUCUUCCCAUAUGCAUAUGUCUGUCUGUCUAUCUCUUAAAUAUAGAAGUUGUCCACCUUAUAUUUUGCAUCUAGCAUUUCUCCACACCUUGACCAGGUUUUUGAUUCCUAACAUUUCCCUCAGUCAAGUAUUGAAUAUCAAGCACAGAUUCAACUACAAAGUCUAGGGAGCUUUUUGAAAGCCAAUGAUGGUAGAUCGGUAACAAUAACAAAUCAGACAUUGAAUAUCUCUUUUAGCAAGGUGAAGCUAAUAAUUAUGCUGUGGAUGAUGUAUUAAACCACCUAGACACAUCAAAGACACAGUUGUUCUUCUGAACUGAGCUGCAGGACAAGAAGGAAACUGCUCAGGGGUGUCACCAUGAGGCCAUUGGGGAUUUUAAAACACAAACAGAGUUCAAUGGCUGUGAUGGGAGAAAACUGAGGAUGGAUCAACAACAUUGUAGUGACUCCACAAUAAUUUCCUAAAUCACAAAGUGAAAAGAAGAAUAAAAAUAUACAAAAUAUGCAUAAAGUAACACUACAAAAAAAACACGACAAAGGAAUACACUUUUUGGCCUAAAUGCAAAGCCUUAUGUUUGGGGCAAGUCCAACACAACACAUCCAUCACUGAGUAACUGCUUCCUUAUUUUCAAGCAUGGUUGUGGCUGCAUCAUGGUAUGGGUAUGCUUGACAUAUACAAAAACAGUGGAGUUUUUCCAGGAUGAAAAUAAACAAGAUGGCGCUAAGCACAGGCAAAAUUUUAGAGGAAAACCAGCUUCGGUCUUCUUUGCACUGGGAGAGGAAUUCAGUUUUCAGCAGGACAAUAACCUACAACACAAGGUCAAAUCUACACUGGAGUUGCUUACCAAGAAGACAAUCAAUGUUCCUGAGUGGCCGAGUUACAGUUUUGACUUAAAUCUGCUGGAAAAUCUAUGGCAAGACCUGAAAAUUGCUGUCUAACCAUGAUCCCCAAUACCUUGAAAGAUCUUACAGAAUUUUGAAAAGAAUAAUGGGCAAAUAUUGCACAAUCAAGUUUUGCAAAGCUUUUAGAGACUUACCCAGUAAGACUCACAGCUGUAAUCGCUUACAGUGUGUUUCUAACAUGUGUUGACUCAGGGGGAUGAAUACUUAUCUAAUUAAGGUAUAUUAGUGUUCGUUAAUCUAAAAAAUAUGUUAAAAAUGUUCUUCCACUUUCACAUUACAGAGUAUUUUGUGUAGAUAGUUGACAAAAAAAAUGACAAUUCACUCCAUUUUAAUCCCACUUUGUAACACAAUAAAAUGUGAAGAAAUCCAAGGUGGUGAAUACUUAUGAUAGACACUAGAUAAAUUAAAUACUUUUUCAAAACAUUUGAUUUUCUUAGGAUUAUAAUAAAGUUUAAUACCGGAGAAAAUGUGUUUGUAUUUUGAUACAAAAUACAUUUUGGUGUACUCUCUCUUGUGGAACAGGACCUGAAAAGGCAUGAUCGUCAUGAUUUCAACCUUUCUGAAUAAAAGUCUUGAUGCAAAACAGUAAACAGGAUUGUUGAAAAGAGUACUUACAGUAACAUGCGACAAAACCAAAAUGCCAAUUUGGAUACUGUGGCUCCAGACCUGUUUGACCUCAGCCAGGGAUUGACGCUGCUAAAAAGUAACACUAUGUUUAAAGUUUUGGGCUAUUUCUUAUCUCACUUAUUGAUUAGACAAUGAGCUCUCCUAUUUCAAAAUGUACCAAUUCAAAACAGUUUCUGCAAGCUGAUUAUAGUGUUUUACAUUUCAAUGAGCUUACUCUCAUUCCUUUUGCGGCUUCACAGGGACAGUUGGAGACAGGAAAACUCUGUUUGCCGUCACCCAGAGUGGAAGGUUAGACAGGAGAGGAGAGGAUGAAAUUUUUCCCUCUGGAGUUUCUUAGGGAUGUACGAACUGUGAAUUGUAACAGGCCUACUGUUGAUAAGUGUUACAAACACUUGGACAGGCCUACUGUUGAUCGUCAGCCUGUCAUAAGACUUGCUAUGUACAGAAUGUCCUGAUAAAGCUUGUCCAUGAGUGAAUAAAGUGCUUGAACCCAGUCAUUUUGGGUCAACCAUUUAGUUAAGCAACAGAAAUAACUUUGUGUGAACGUAUUAUUAGUGUCCUUUCCAAAGCUCCUAGAGUGAAACAAAUUGAUUAGCUACAGCACUGAGAGAAUCUUUUAUUUCUGUACUAAUUAGAGGCGUGCUGUUUAUUUGUAAUGUAGGCUAUUAUAUGAGACAUACUAAUAAAGUGUCCUAAACCCAUUAUGUAUCUUAGCAAACACCAGAGACAAAAUAAAAAAUUACAUAUUAUGUUUCCAUUACUCAUUAUAUUUUUUUGUCAUCCUUAGUCAUUAGUCAUCCUUUGAAAAAACGGAUUUGACAUCACUAAAUCAAUCACGUGGCAGAUUGGACUGAUUAUGAAAUAAGAAAACCCCAAACAUUACCAACAACAGUGGACCCCUUGUUUAGGAAUGUGCUUUUGUAACCCUUCUAUUUCCAAAUGCAUUAAUAAGCCGAUGCUGAAACAUAAUCGUGUAAUAAAGAGCUUUUCUCCUCCAAAACCCCUUCUUUCUUGUAACAUUGUGCACUACACCAGAUAGGAAAGUGGUGCCUGUUUGGUGGUACAGUUUGUGUCAAUGCCAGACUCGGUGUUUGCUAUUAUUUCCGUCAGUGUUUGCUAGUAUUUCUAUUAUAGAGAUAGAUUGAUACUAGAUUGAUACUAUCUUAGUUUAUCAUGAUUGCAAAAGUGAGAAUAGUUUACCAUAUCACAGCUUUCAGCUGGUAUGCCUUUAUCAUUAAGUCCAUGGCUGCUAAGGAUGGAGAGAAGUUACCACCUGGGAUCUUUGAGUAUGGUGGACCCUGGAAGUACCUUACUUUCCUCAACCUGUUAUUGCAGAUGGUGUUCUUUGGGAUGGCCGUGGUGAAUGAUCUUCAGACUGGGAAAAACACAGUCAAGGGUCUUGACAAGUGGAAAGACCUCAUCUUCUCUGUCCUCGCCUUCCCUGUAGGCAUGUUUGUGGUGCUGCUUUUCUGGGUGAUCUUUGCCUAUGACAGGCAGCUUGUCUACCCAGAAUCUUUAGAUGCCUUCUUUCCUCUCUGGAUGAAUCAUGCUAUGCACACCGUUGUUAUGCCGGUCUUACUUGGGGAGAUCCUGCUUCAACAUCAUGUGUACCCAAAGACUAAAAACGGCUUAGCUGCCUUAGGAGUUGUGGGCUUGGCUUACUUGGGCUGGGUGAUAUUUAUCUACUUGGCGGUAGGUCUUUGGGUGUAUCCUUUCCUCGGGCUCCUUAGCACCUCUGGUGUGUUGGGGUUAUUCCUCUUGAACAUGACAGUGGUGACAAUGAUGUAUCUGCUAGGACGGACCCUAAACGACUGUGUCUGGGGAAAAGGCAAGACGGCGACUAAAAUAAAAUGAAACUGCCCAUUUUCCUCUUUGAAUCCAUUGGGGCCUGAUACAUUGUUGUCACUCAGAUUUCGCCAACAUGCCUCAAGAAAUACUGUAUGUGUAUGAAUAGAAAUUGCACACAGGGUCAUAUGUCAUAUGUGCUGUCCUCUGACAACAUAGUUUAACAGACAUACUGUUGUUUUUCUUUAUUCAAUAAAUGUUAUCAGCAUCACAAUAACAAAAUAUAACUCAGUUGGAAAAAAUUGAAAUCACAGGUAGGCCUACAUCAGGUUGAUUGGCUAAGUCCUUUUCCACCAGGAAGUGAUCACAACAUUCUCAAAGCAAUCGUUCUCUACUUACCAAAAUUCUCUGACUACAACUUGACCAAAUGAGAAUAUGAGAGUAAACAAGGGUUGAUCAAAUAUCUCACCAAUUGUUUUAACUUUUUCUCUUGAGAUUGGAAUAUCGUUGUGUUUUCAUAACGUGUGGAAAUCAUGAACAGUUUGUGAGCUAUUAUAGUCUCAAAACCAUGCUUGUGUGUACUUUUACCAAAACAGGAAAUUGGAUGUUUGCUUUUUUGACCAAACAUGUAAUUACAAGGCACAAAAAAAGAAUGACAUAAAUAAGUCAUGUUCCUUUUGUAGAUAUAAUUUCAUUAUUCAAUAAUUAACUAAUCAAAUAAAAGGGCAGCACAUCACUGCAAUGACAAAUGUGGGCCAAUGAGUGCAUCCUCCUUCAUUCUCACAUUGUCCGUUAAUGUUUUUUGAUAUUGGUGGAUAGCUUGAUCUUGCGUAGAAAUCAAUAUUUUCCAGGGUACCAAAUGUAAAUGACUUUGUAACCUAUUUGUACAUUUCCAGGUACUCCCUAAGUGUGCUGAUCCUUCAGGAAGUGAUGCCACGCGGGUCCCUGUAGUCCUUGGUGUUGAAGAUAGUUUGGGUCUGCCUCUACCAAUCCAACUGACAGGACUUUGGCCAAUAAGUGACAGUCUUGCUCAUUUAUAACUGCAGAAGAAAUGAAAGUCAAUUGAUGAUCCAGUAUUAAGGAAUACAGUAUGAACCAGUUUUGGUAUCUAAAGUGUAUUAUCAGAAUAUACUGCACAUAGCCUGCAUCACCUCUUCACAUUUUCUUGUUGUUUCCUUGUGUUCAGGAUUUUGAGGAUUUCCAUCUUUGCCAUGUCUCUCUUUAUUUCAAAGCAUUUCUCUGUAAAUAAAAAAAGGUUACAUUGUCUUUUAGAAGGAAGACUAGUGAACUGUGAUUAGGACAACAAUAAUUAUUUUUUACAAAGGUCUAAAUAACAUGCUCUCAUGCUAUGGGCCAUACAAAUAUGAAUCUCUGUUGUCAAGAGUGGGAGCCAUUUCCAAACAUUUGAGCAAGCUAAAGCAAUACAUUCAAGUGUUGUAUAAUCUGAUCAUUAAAAAAAGCACACCAGGGCUCUUUUAGUCAGUGUUAACCCAAGUAUAAAAGGUAAAUGGCAAUGCACAAUACAUGAUUUACAUAUGUUUCAAUUGAGCCCCCAAUGACUAAAGGAUAAAAUGUAAAGAUAAAAAUGUUAAGGCCUACAUAACAUUUGGACGACACUGUAAAAAUGAAUAAGAUAAGGUUGAUAAUGAAAUUCUGAGGAAACAUUUGAUGUGUAUACCCUGAGGGAAGCAUUCUAUUUUUGAAAAGUUCCAAAACACAAGUAGGGAAAAUCAGACUUAGAGGAUUCAUAAUUUUUGCUGGGCAUUAAAGGGGAAGGUCAUCCAUUUUUCCGUGGCAUUAUUUUCACUCUUUCUGUGCUUGUAGUUGAUCCCCCAAACAAGGUUUUUAUAUUUUGUUUCGUUACAGCAAAAAUGUACACAUUUUGCUGAGAUAUCACUUGCCAUUGACUGCAAUGCAUUAUGAAAAUGUGUCUAAAUCAAAUCAAAUAGAAUUGUAUUUGUCACAUGCUUCGUAGACAACAGGUGUAGACUAAAGGCCAGUUUAAACUUGGUCUAACGACAUGUCUGUAGACAAUUAGAAUGCGACAAGUGUCACUGGUCAAACUAAGGUCGAUGUCCACACCCCCGCGGAAAUUGAAUUAGCAUAAUAAAACAAUCCCCAUAAAAAUCUGUCAGUUUAAGCUAGAUAUAUCUGUUUUUUUUUCAAUCCACCGCAUUCGCAUAUGUAACACUUUCGCACCUACGGUGAAAGGUGACAGAGCUGGAGCGGUGUUUGUCAGACCAUGAGAACGGUUUGGCCUACAAACUGACCCCUCUAUGGAAAGUUGAGACUCUCAUGAAUAUGAUGGUGUUCUCUGUUUUGCUCUACAACCCCCACAAGCUUCUGAAGUUGGUACAGCUGAUCUGUCAACUUCUGUCGGUAGUGUCCGAAUAGCGAUACACUAAUAUGACCCCUCUGUGUGAAGGUGAGACUUGUUUUGCUCUAGGACACCCACAGGCCUCACAAGACUCGUAAAGGUCCCCCGGUACCAGUCGAAAACAUUUAUGGAAGUACAAUACAUUCGGAAACUAUUCAGACCCCUUCCCUUUUUCCACAUUUUGUUACGUUACAGCCUUAUUCUAAAAUAGAUUACAAUGAUUGUUUUUUUGAAUGCAUUGAAAAUAAAAAACAGAUACCUUAGUUACAUAAGUAUUCAGACUCUUUGCUAUGAGAAUCCAUUGAUCCUCCUUGAGAUGUUUCUACAACUCGAUUGGAGUCCACCUGUGGUAAAUUCACUUGAUUGGAUAUGAUUUGGAAAGGCACACAACUGUCUAUAUAAGGUCCCAGAGUUCACAGUGCAUGUCAGAGAAAAAAACAAGCCAUGAGGUCGAAGGAAUUGUUCGUAGAGCUCCGAGACAGGAUUGUGUCAAGGCACAGAUUUGGGGAAGGGUACAAAAAAAUGUCUGCAGCAUUGAAGGUCCCCAAGAACACAGUGGCCUCCAUCAUUCUUAAAAAUGGAAGAAGUUUGGAACCACCAAGACUCUUCCUAG